CAGUUGGACUUGCUUCCAAACAAAUCACACUUUACUCUACGUUUGGAGUUACUUGACAAGACGGCGUUAAAGAGAACCGAAAAUUGAAGUUGAUGGAAGUUUGCUGAUUUUCCAGGAAAGUGGGAGGUGGUCUCAGACAAAGUUGCCUUAGAGAUGAGUUGGGUUGCUCUGUACACCCAGCUGGGCGGGGUGAACAAACACUCCACCAGCCUGGGGAAGAUAUGGCUGUCUGUCCUCUUCAUCUUCCGUAUCACCAUCCUGGUACUGGCUGCAGAGAGCGUGUGGGGAGAUGAGCAGGCUGACUUCACCUGCAACACCCAGCAGCCUGGCUGUAAGAACGUCUGCUACGACCACUUCUUCCCUGUGUCACACAUCCGUCUCUGGUGCCUGCAGCUGAUCUUCGUGUCCACACCGGCCCUGCUGGUGGCCAUGCAUGUGGCUUACAGGAAGAGUGGGGACAAGCGGCACAUCAUCGCGGCCUCACGAAGCGGUGGUGAUGACAAGACCAGGCAGGUGGACCUGGAGACUCUAAAGAGGCGGCGUCUGUCCAUCACUGGGCCUCUGUGGUGGACGUACACCUGCAGCCUGUUCUUCCGCCUCAUCUUUGAGGCUGGCUUCAUGUACGCACUCUACUUUGUCUACGACGGCUUCCAGAUGCCUCGUCUGGUGAAGUGUGAGCAAUGGCCCUGCCCCAACAAGGUGGACUGCUUCAUUUCACGACCUACGGAGAAGACCAUAUUCACCAUCUUCAUGGUGGUCUCCUCUGCCAUCUGCAUGGUGCUCAAUGUGGCCGAGCUGGCCUACCUCAUCGCCAAGGCCCUGAUGAGGUGCUCCACCAGGAUUUCCAAGAGCCGUACCUAUGCUCACCCUGAUCAUGUGGCCCCGGACAAGUCUCUACUACAGAAUAAAAAGAAUCAGAUGCUGCUGUCGUCUGUUACCGAUUCCUCCAGCAACAAGACUGUGUGAGGACAGCCCAGUGCCUGUUCUUUUCCAUUAGAGACUACACAUAACUAGGAAGUAGAAAUCUAUCAGUGUUUUGUUACCAUGAGAUGAGACCAUACUUGUAUUCUAGAUGCCUAUAGCAGCUGAGGACCGGCCUAACCCUGAGUCUGCUCAUGUCGAGGAUAUUUCUCUCUCAGUGCCCUAAACUACUUUUUGAGUUUUAAAAGUUAACGUGCUAGUAUUUAAUGUAUUAUUGUUUUGAUAUCAAUUUAAGGUGCUUUUAUGUUUGAGCUGUAUGUCUGUUCAGGGAGUGGUAGGUUGAACAGAAGUUAAAAAUGGGUCUAGAGUGCCACCUUCUGGUUUACAAUGUGUUUGCAGGAGUUUGACGUUAUAUUGUGAAGAGCAACCAGAAUUGGUUAACAUUGUGUUAAGCUUUUGUGGGAGACUUUUCCAAAGCAGAAACUCACAAAUGUGAAGUUUUGCUCCAAGUUCUAUUUGAGGAUCACCCGUGUACACAUAUCAGCCUGCAUUCUAACAGUGACGAGUGGAAUUUCUCAAGUACCAAAGCAAUUUUAAGAUGCAUUGCCUUAAGAGAGUUGCUAUCAGCAGUGUCAGAUAGUACCUGAUGCUGUAUAUUGAGCACAAUGUUUCAGGGAAGAUGGCUGAUUCAGUUGAACAUUCUGGGCAGGUUUCCUGGACCCUAUGCCUAGACUAGAAGGCAUGCUCAAUUAGGAAUAUUAAUUGUAAAGUGCUUUUUGGUCCAAGAGUAUGCUUAAGCUGGGUCCUGGAAACUGGCCCUCUGAGCAUGCCAACUGUGACAGACAUGGCCUAUUGUUGUCAAGACUGGUGGUAAAACCUGGCUACAGAGCCUAACUGGGGGUGUUGUCUUUCAGCUUGCUGCUUAUUUUAGCCACUGAACUAAUCAGUGUACCUCUUUCAAUGUGAGUAAGCAGACUGAUCUACAGGCAAAAAUGGCUUAAUGAGCUCCGUCCACACAUACAUGUAGAAGUUGGAACACCAUAACUUGUAUCACUGUAGUGACAAUCUGACUGUUACCUGGGAAGAUGUAAGGACACUUUUACCAGUGAGAUGCAUCCCACACAUUUUGUGAUGGCUCAUGAUUUGGACAUUGUCAUGGAAAGCAACCGUAGGCUAACUUUCUCUCAAUAUUCAGUUGAGGCGCUAUUUGUAUUGUGAUUGUUUAGAGGAAAUGCCAAAGGAUAUCUGUAAAUGCAACAUUUUGAAAGCCUCAUGGUCACACUUCAGCAGUUAGAAAGCUGAUAGAUAUGCCCUAACUGCAUAUUAUUUGAAGGAUGUUUGAUUUGUAUUUUUUUAUUAGCUAUCUGCACUUUGACCCCCAGUCUUAAGACUGUUUAAUAAAUGUAAAAAUAAAUGAUACUUAUU